AUGGCCAUCCUGGGCUCAGCCUACACUGGCAAUAAGGUCCCUUCGUACUGUACCACUGUUCCCUGCCCCAGGUCCAUGCCAGUGGUGAAGGGAAGUAGUCUUGUCUUGGACACAAACAGGGUCCCCUCUUCUGCUACAGACAAAGAGUGUGUAGUACUUGGGCAUGAAGCUUGCGGACACAGUGCUAUUUGCCACAAUGUCGCUGGAACAUACCGCUGCAGCUGUGUCCAAGGAUGCGCUGAUCCUGGGAGAGAGAACUUCACAGGGGCUAGAUGGAACACCUGCCGGGAAGUCCCCACCGCUAACUGCAGUACUGCGUUUGAGGCCGUCACAGAGAUGUGCAGGAAUUUCUCUCUACAGGAAGCAGACCGCUCUUUCAGUUCCCUUCUGAACAUCUCAGCCCGACCCGGCUGCAGUGAGGAGGAGGUGACAUUGGCCGUGACACUUCUGCUACAGAACAUGGAACUGGCUGCUCUGGCCACUGCGUUGAGGUCCCCAGAGGUGACACAGACCAAAGAGAUGGAGUCCAUGGCUCUGGAGACACGCCGCAUCACAGGGACCUGCAGCCAGGACAGCGAGGUCUUUGUGCUGAGAGCCCAGGAGCAGGCAAUGGAAGUUCACUGCAGCAUAGUCAGCGAUGCCGCUUCCCAAGGUUCUGGGGCUGCUGUUUUUAUCUCUUACUCCACCCUUGACUCCAUCAUGAACAGUCCCAUCUUCCAGAAAACUUUUGUACCACCUGGCCAGGCCCUGAGGAAAGCACAGCUGCUGUCCCGGGUGGUGAGUGGGGUCAUUAGACCUCAGAAACUCAAUCUCCAGCUCUUGAGACCUGUGAAAAUCACCCUGCUCCACACACAGCCAAAGGCUGAGGCCGAAGAGGCUUUCUGCGUGCACUGGAAAUUCAUUGCUGGAAAAGGUGUCUGGGCUCAGGAUGGCUGCUUCACCCUCCACAUCAACAGCACUCACACAGCCUGCAGCUGCAGCCACCUCUCUACCUUUGCCCUACUCAUGGCUCCUGCCCCUGUGGAGGACAGUGACGCCCUGAGUGUGCUCACCUACGUGGGGCUGAGCAUCUCCCUGCUGUGCCUCCUCCUGGCCAUCCUCACCUUCCUCCUGUGCCGCUCGCUGUGGAACGUCAGCACCGCCAUCCACCUGCAGCUCUGCCUCUGCCUCUUCCUCGCUGAUCUGUUCUUCCUCACAACCGUCACCUACACCAAAAACCGGACCACAUGUGCUGUCAUCGCUGGCUUCCUCCACUACCUCUUCCUGGCUGCCUUCACCUGGAUGUUCCUGGAGGGGCUGCACCUCAUCCUCACCGUCAGGAACCUGAAGGUCGUGAACUACACCAGUGCCAGCCAGUUCAAGAAGCGAUACAUGUACCCCUUUGGCUACGGGCUCCCAGCUCAGGUCGUGGCCAUUUCAGCAGCAGCCAACCCAGGUGGCUACAGAACAGAGCAUCACUGCUGGCUCAGCCUGGACAGAGGCUUUGUCUGGAGUUUCCUGGGGCCUGUCUGCCUUAUUAUCCUGAUAAAUCUAACCUGUUUCAUCCUGACGCUGUGGAUCCUAAGGAGCCACCUCUCCUGCCUCAACACAGACGUGUCCACCCUGCGAGACCACAGGCUGCUGACUUCCAAAGCCAUCGCCCAGCUCUUCAUCCUGGGCUGCACAUGGAGCCUGGGUCUUUUCCAAGUUGGAGCAGCUGGCAGAGUUAUGGCAUAUUUAUUCACUAUCAUCAACAGUCUGCAGGGAGCCUUCAUCUUCCUGGUGCACUGCGUCCUCAAUCGCCAGGUGAGAGAGGAGUACCGGCGAUGGAUGAAGGGACUCCAGACAUCUGCCUCCAAGUCUCAGACAUCUAGUCUUGAAAUGCCCACCAUCCCCCCCAGCACCAAGUCGGUAAGUGGAGCUGUGCUGGGUGCCAGCACCAGCCUCUAA